CCCAAUCCAUCAGCUCGAAUCGCGAUUCCGCAUAAGCACAAUCCGCCCUCAUACAUCAAUCAUCCGGAACAUAGCAAAACCCAUAUACAGCCACUCCAAUACACCGCUGAGAUCAAAAGUCCCGUCUCGCAGCCGCCUUCCCAAAAAUGGAUAUUCGAGUCCUCAGACCGUCUGACAUACCCCACGUCCAGCUCGCCAAUAUCACGAAUUUGCCCGAGAACUACUUUUGCAAGUAUUACUUGUACCAUGCGAUGAGCUGGCCUCAGUUGAGCUAUGUGGCUGUUGAUGUCUCACGUCCCCCAAAAACGCCAUACGACCCACCCAAAAUCGUCGGCUACGUCCUCGCCAAAAUGGAAGAAGAGCCCACCGACGGCGUCCAACACGGCCACAUCACCUCGCUCUCCGUCAUGCGGACCCACCGCCGCCUCGGCCUCGCCGAAAAACUCAUGCGGCAAUCCCAGCGCGCCAUGGCCGAGACCUUUGGCGCCCACUACGUCAGCCUGCAUGUCCGUGUGAGUAACACGGCCGCCUUGCAUCUCUACAGGGAUACUUUGGGGUUCAAGGUGGAUAAGAUUGAGGCCAAGUAUUAUGCGGAUGGGGAGGACGCGUACAGUAUGAGGAUGGACUUGGGGGAUUUGAAGAGGGAGCUGAGGGAGAAGGAAGAGGAGGAGGAGAGCUCCAUAGGGGUGGAUGAGGGUGAUGCGGUGGGGAAUGAGGGGCAAGAGGGGAAGAAGAAAAAGGAGAAGCUGGUGGAGGUGAAGGUAGGGAGGGGGUUAGGUGUUGGAGAGCUGGUGGAGAGAAGUGAGGUGGUGCAUUGAAUGGGUAGAGCCGGGUG